AUGGCUACGGAUGAAAAACAUUUCUUUCAAAAGACUAUCCAGCAUUUGGCCCGAUCUUUGGCUUCUCAAAAGGAAAUACCAUGGGAAAAAAUCCAAACAAUAUAUUCGUUAUGUCCGCAAGAAGGUCAUCAAGGGGUGUUCAAGAUGGAUCAAAGAGGCCAAGAUUCUAUAAUAGCAUUGGGAAUAUACCUCCUAGAGUCAAACUUUCAGCAUGUCGAUCACAUACUACCUUACUUAUUAAAGUUGUUGAAUGGCUUAGGGAAAAUGCAGUGGGUGGACGAGAUCAAGUACUUUCCUAGAGAGAGAAUACCAGUUGCUGAAAGAAUGAGUUUUUGUCUCAAUACAUUAUUAACAGAUGUCGCAACUCGUUAUCCAGUUUCUAGAGAAAAAAUAAUUGAAGCACAGAUAAAAUGCCUCAGUAAACUAUCCAAUAUUAUUAGAUCGGCUAAAUCUGACAAGCUAAAUGAUAUAACUAAAACUACAUUAUGCAAAGCUACCAUUCCAUGUUUUAUCGGCUUGGCUAGGUCAAUGGGACGAGCAACUUUGAGUGACCCCCCACUUUUAUGUCGUUUAUUUCCAAAACCUAGUGCUCCAAUUCAACAAACUCCAGUCCCUAUUCCUGAUUUAAACAUACAAAAAAAGAAAAGUUUCUCAAAUUUUCGCUCUAUCAUUCCUCGAUCGUUAUCUCUAAAUUUAAAUUUAGCUUCACUAGACGUAAUGACAUUAAGUUCGCUGGAUCCGAUGAAUGAUCUCAAUAAUAGAAUGAUAUACAAAUCAGAAUGUAAACUGGGUUCCCAAGCGCCGACCAAUAUGUCUAAUUACUUUUUCUUUAAAUACGGAUCAAGUUUUAACCAAUUUCCAUAUACAAGAUUCACUGACUCAUCUAUUGAUCACAAAUCAUCAACGUUAAUGUUUCCCUUGGGUCACCUACAAACUGUUUUAUCGAUUGCAAAAAAAAUUCUUACCUCUGAUGUUUUGGGGUUUGUGGAUAGUUUAGCUCUUGAAUUUCACAUAUCUGGAGAAAGCAAAACAUUUUGUUAUCGAAGUUUUAGUGAAAUAUUAAAUUUAGUCAUUGCUUCAUUAUUGAGAGAAUUACUUCAAUAUCAACAAGAUUUACCAUUACCAUUUACUAAAGAUGUUCAAGAAUUUAUAAAAGAUUUAUUCUUGAAUGGUCAAACCGAGUUACAGUCUGGUGUAUUACAAGAAGCAUCCGAACGUGAAGAAAAAGAAUUACAUUUAACAACAAUAAAUAAAUUUAAAAUAAAUGUUUUAGCUAAUGCAGCUUGUGUAGAUUUAUUGGUUUGGGCAACAAGGGAUGAAGCUGGUGCUGAUAAUUUAUGUGGUCGUUUAAUGGAAAAAAUUAACUCAAGUAAUAAUGUAAAACAAGCAUUAGCACAUAUGCCAUUGAUACUAGUUUGUAUGGAGGGUUUAGGUAAAUUAUCUGAAAAAUUUCCAAGUAUAGCCAGUACUUGUAUUCAAUGUCUCCGUGAUUUUCUUGUUCAACCAUCACCAAUUUUAUCGAAAUUAAACAAAUUUCACUCUGAAAAACAAACACCUAAUGGAUUAACAAUCACAGUUAACGGUGUUAAUGAGGUAAAACCAAUAUCGUCAGAUCAUGUUGAAUCACAGUUUGAAAGACUCCGAAAUUCAUCAAUUGAAAAUCUUUGUAUUGCAUUAAGAGCAGCGUAUACAUUGGAUCCUUUUUGUGUACCAGCACUUUUAGCAUCUUUAUCUAAUCGAUUGUAUACUGCCGAAAAAUCUAAAAAUGAUUCAUCGUUAAUACAAGCGAAUACUAUAGUGAUGUUAGGCCAUAUUGCAGUUAGCUUAAGAGAUACUGCAAAGACAUCGGAUACUAUUUUGCAAUUUUUCCAGCAACGAUUCUGUCGUGUUCCGAGUUCUAUUGAUGUACUUAUUGUUGAUCAGCUUGGAUGUAUGAUUAUUGCAAAAUGUGAUAUGAAUGUUUACGAAGAGAUAAUGCGCAUGUUUUCGACAAUUACUGUAGAAGCUGGCAAUGCUUUAUACAGUCAUGAUCAAUCAAAUCAAUAUAGACAUGUUUCAGGAGCAGUUAUUAAUGCCUUGGCUAAUAUUGCUGCUAAUAUUAAAGGUGAAAAUGAAAUGAAUGAACUUCUUGUUAGAUUAUUAGAAUUAUUUGUACAGCUUGGUCUUGAAGGAAAACGAGCUUCAGAAAAAGCACCAGUUGCUAAUAAAGCGUCUAGUAGUGCUGGGAAUUUAGGAAUGCUAAUUCCGGUAAUUGCAGUACUAAUACGUCGCUUACCAGCUAUUAUACAGCCCAAACCACGAUUGCAUAAGUUAUUUAGGGAUUUUUGGUUAUACUGUGUAGUUAUGGGAUUUACAAAUGACUCUGGAUUGUGGCCUAGUGAAUGGUAUGAUGGUGUAAAAGAAAUUGCUAUUAAAUCACCUUGUCUUGUUACUCAAACUUCAACUAGAUCUCAAAUGCGAGAGUUGCAGUAUACUUCUGCUGUCAGAAAUGAAAGUGUUUCUUUGAACCAGCUUCAAGAACUAAAGUCUCAAAUACUUCAACAUCUUACUCCAGCUCCACCUGAAGUUACUGCAGCUGUGAAUAAAUUAUCAUUUGCACAGGCAACCUACCUGUUGUCAGUAUAUUAUUUAGAAACUAUGCGCAUGCAAAACUCAAAUGAUCCAAGCCUACAGCCGAUUUUUGAUUACUUAUCAGAUUAUGCUAUUCAGAAAGAUAAAACAGGAUUAUGGCAUUGUGUCUCUAGCGUUGGCGAUAAAGUAUUUUCAUUAUUUUUAAAUGCAAUGUCUACACAAGCAAAAGAUGAGACUAGAGAAAAAAAAUUGGAAUACCAUGCUCAAUUAUUAUUGGUUAAUUUUAAUCAUGUACAUAAAUUGAUUCAAUGUGUGGCAGACAAAUGGCUUUCUGGACUUGUUAGCAAGUUCCCACAUUUAUUAUGGAACCAACGUGUACUUUGGACUAUGUGUGACAUACUUCAAGUCUUAUCUUAUUCCUUGGAAUUGAAUCCUAAUAAUGAGACUCCUUGCAUUCAAAUACCAUCUUCCCCAUUUACACUCAUAUUAAUGGAUACACUUGAAGCAAGAGAAAGUACUACUAAUGACUUUGCAGCAAGGUCAUUAGGAUUCAUUCAAGAAGCAAUGAAAUGGGCUCCUAGUGCUACUCGAUCACAUCUUCAACAUUAUUUAACUCAAAUUCCCAGUUCAUCGUAUUGGCAUCAUUCAGGACUAUCCUUAGCUACAGAAAGUGUCUUGCAAAGUAGCGGUCUUAAUUUUCAUGCAGCACCAUUAUCAAAAAUGACACUGGAUAAAAGACCACGCUGUGUAAAAACUGAUUCUUCCCUAUACAUCACGACUCUAGGGUUGAGAAGUCAUUUUUCAGGUAUUGUGGCUGGAAUGAUAUCAGCUUAUGAAAAUAGUCCUGAACAAUUAGUGGACAAUGUAAUUGCAAAAGUUUGGAGUGCUUGUAAAAAUGAUAUUAAUAAUAUGCAUCAUAAUGCAUUAUGGACUGCUACAGCUUUACUUAUAUCAAUUUCUGGAUGUACUAGAAAACUGUUGCACGUUGUUGCAUGGUCCCAAGUAAUGUUAUUCACUACUAAAGCAAUGAGAACUGCAGUUGAAUGUUGGCAAUGGUUAACUACUUCCCGACCAGAUUUGGAAUUACAGUUCUUACAAGAAAUGUUUGCUGCUUUUCAGUAUACAAUUGAUAGUCGCAUAGGUUUAUUCGCAAAAGAUAUAGAACAAGUGAGUCCACUAGCAGUGUAUGAAGGAUGUACUUUGGAACCUAAUCCUCAUUUUGUUAAACCUCAUGAUGUUUGGGUUCAAUAUAUAUGUGAAGUGGUUGAUAAUGUGAAGUCUUGUAGUCAAGAAAAGGUAGAAAUGUUAGCUAUGAUGUUACACCGAUCAUUACCUAUGAGUGUUGGAACUUCCGAUGCAUUCAUUAGUCGUCAUAUAGAUGCUAUUGGAACACGAUUUAGAUUAUUACAAUGCGGAUUAACAUUAUUGCAAGGAGACGUGUUACCAAAGUCACUUGGAAAAAAUAUACUUCGAGAAAGAGUAUAUUGUGCUUGCUUUGAUACAUUUACGACACCUGUUCAAUGUCCAACUCAACGUGGAUCAGAAUUACGAGAUGACAUACUUGCACUUACUAAAUUCUGGCAGACAAUGCAUUCGGAUAAGAAAUAUUUAAUGGCCAGUGUUAUUGGUGAUUUUGACCUUCAGGGAGGUUCUUUGCAAACUCCUAGCAAUACAAUCUAUGAUCAUCAAUUAACAAUUUCAUCUCUAAAUGAACUAACUGUAUCCAGUAUUGGUGCAGUUUCUGGAAAUUCUGGUACAUCUCAAGGCUGGAUGAACACUGUACCAUUAUCAUCAUCUGCUACAAAUACACUGAACAAACGUACAGCCAAUAAUUUAAGAAUGAAACGUCAAAAUGGCAAUGCCAAUCAAGAUUUAUAUGUUAAAGAUUACAUAAAAAAACGAAUUCUCAUAUUAGAUCUUUUGGCUGUUCAAAUUGAAUUUUUGAGCACGUGGCAAAACCCUGCUAAUCUGUCAGAACUUAAUGUUCCUGGAGAAGAAAUGGUAGCUUCUUGGAAGUCCAAAACUGUUCCUGAUAAGUCCCUGCGUGAAAAUACAAGACUUGCAUGGGAAAUCAGUCCUGCUCUUUGUGUAUUUCUACCAGUUAGAUUAAAAAAUGCUGACUGUAUUGUUAAAGAGGUAUGCAGAAUGGUUAGGGCAAGUCCAAUGGUUGUUUCACAUAUACCUGAAGCCUUGCAAUAUUUGGUGACCACUGAGACUCUUUUAAGCGAUGCUCCCGAACUUGUAUACAUGUUGACAUGGGCAAGGGUUACUCCUGUUCAAGCAUUAUCAUAUUUUUCGAGACAGUAUCCACCUCAUCCAAUAUCUGCACAAUAUGCAGUCCGUGUUCUAGCAAGUUAUCCAGCUGAUGCAGUGUUGUUUUACAUUCCACAAUUAGUCCAAACUCUUCGUCAUGAUACAAUGGGUUAUGUUUUGGAGUUUAUCAAAUCGAUUUCAUUACGGUCCCAAGUAGUUGCUCAUCAACUGAUCUGGAAUAUGAAGACAAAUAUGUACAUAGAUGAAGAAAUGCAGCACAAAGAUACUGCUCUUUAUGAUACAUUAGAUACAUUAACUAAUGCAAUAGUUGAUUGCUUAUCAGGUCCUGCUAAAAAGUUUUAUGAACGUGAAUUUGACUUUUUUUCCAAGAUUACUGAUAUAUCUGGCAAGAUCAGACCUUUUCCUAAAGGACCUGAACGUAAACAUGCAUGUUUAGAAGCUCUAAGCAAAAUUGAAGUUCAAGCGGGAUGUUAUUUGCCUUCAAAUCCUGAAGCAAUGGUUAUUGAUAUUGACUAUAACAGCGGCACUCCAAUGCAAAGUGCUGCCAAAGCUCCAUAUUUAGCUCGGUUCAGAGUGAGAAAAUGUGGUAUAAAUGAAUUAGAACAAACUGCGAUGGCUAUAUCUAAUCAACAAACAUCUGGUAAAACUGGGCAAUUUGUUGAUUCGUCUUCUAUGAUGGGCUUAGAUACGUGGCAAGCAGCAAUAUUCAAAGUUGGAGAUGAUGUACGUCAAGACAUGUUGGCUCUUCAAGUAAUCAGUAUUUUUAAGAAUGUUUUCCAACAAGUUGGAUUAGAUUUAUUCUUGUUCCCAUAUCGAGUAGUUGCUACUGCACCUGGUUGUGGUGUGAUAGAAUGUGUUCCAAAUGCAAAAUCGAGAGAUCAAUUGGGUCGUCAAACUGACUAUGGAAUGUAUGAAUAUUUUAUCAAAACUUAUGGCGACGAAAACACAAAAGAAUUCCAGAAUGCUCGACGCAAUUUUGUCAGAUCGAUGGCCGCUUACAGUGUUAUUGGAUUCUUAUUGCAAAUAAAAGACAGGCAUAAUGGAAAUAUAAUGUUGGAUACUGAUGGGCAUAUUAUACAUAUUGAUUUUGGAUUCAUGUUUGAGUCGUCACCUGGAGGUAAUUUAGGUUUUGAACCAGAUAUUAAACUCACUGAUGAAAUGGUGAUGGUAAUGGGUGGAAAAAUUGAUGCUCCAUCCUUUCGAUGGUUCACUGAAUUAUGUGUUCAAGCCUACUUGGCCGUCAGACCUUAUAAGGAAGCGAUUAUAUCAUUAGUGUCUCUAAUGCUUGACACGGGACUGCCUUGUUUCCGUGGUCAAACUAUCAAACUGUUACGAGCUAGAUUUGCUCCUCAAUCAACUGAUCGGGAAGCUGCAGUGUACAUGAUGAGUGUCAUUCAUAAAUCUUUCCUCAAUUUUAGAACAAUUGCAUAUGAUUACUUACAACUCUAUCAAAAUCAAAUCCCAUGCUAA